AUGUUUUGGGAUUACCACGUUGGCAACCCGGAAGGCAUACAUCAACUUAUGAUUCUCUUCAGCGAUAGCGGAACUCCAAAAUCGGUUCGCUUCAUGAAUUCGUACAGUGGACAUACAUACAAGUUCACCAAGGCGCAGAUUGGUCGUCUUACUAUGAACCGCAAUCCGCAAAACUACUUCGCAGAUAUUGAGCAAGCGUCGUUUUCACCGUCCACGAUGGUUCCAGGAUUCGCUGCGUCCGCCGAUCCAGUGCUCCAAGCACGACUCUUCGCAUAUCCCGAUGCGGCCCGUUAUCGACUCGGAGUGAACUACCAGCAACUCCCAACUAACACAGCCAAAGCCCAGGUCUAUUGUCCUUUCCAGAGAGAUGGAAAGAUGCGAUUUGAUGGCAACUAUGGCGGGGACCCUAGUUACGUUGGCUCGUCGAUCAAGCCCACUAAGUUCUACCAAGGCCUGAAUGGAUCAAACCCUGAAGCAUUGAGCCUACACACCGAGCAUGAAAGGUGGGCUGGAGAGGUUUCGGCCUAUACUAGCGAGAUCACUGAUAGAGACUUUGCCCAGCCCGCAGCAUUGUGGGAACUUAUUGGGCGGGGGCCUGGUCACCAGGACAGGUUUAUUGACAACCUCGUGUCUAGCGUCAAGGAUGUUAAAUACCCCGAAUUGCGCAAAAAGGUCUAUAGCCUUUUUAGUCGUGUCAACAAGGAGCUGGGUUUGAAAUUGCAAGAGCGUACCGAAGCAACAAUUAAUGCGGCAUGA